ACGUCUGUGAGUUUGUCCUAGAGGGUGGACUCGGCCAGCCAGUAUAACGCAACUCACUUACUCGACCAUCUUUUCGAUUGGGCGUCCGAACCGUCCAGCAUGCGCAUAGCCACCUAUAACCUGCGAUAUGACUCUCAGCCUGACAAUGUAUCGGUGAAGCAGUCGAUUGACGGACUACCAGAUCCUCUGCACCGGCCGUGGUUUCUGGGUAAGAGCGGUGAGCAGCCAUGGAGCAAACGGAGGAUCAAGGUUGCGCAGCAGCUGUUGCACGAGAAUCCGGCCGUUAUAGGAUUCCAGGAAGCACUCGUCAGGCAAGUUCAUGAUCUCGCGGAACUGCUUGGAAAUCAGUGGGGUUGGGUGGGAGUCGGACGUGAUGACGGCAAUGAAGCAGGAGAGUUCUGCCCAAUAUUCUACAAGAAAUCAGAGCUCCAUCUCGUUUCUCACGAAUCCUUCUGGCUCUCUGAUAAGCCGUUUGAGCCGUCCAAGUUUCCAGACGCAGGCUCCUUCCGAGUUUGUGAAGUCGUCCGUUUCCAACCCACCUCCUCAAGCAUCCUCGCGCCAAAGCCCUUCACAGUGAUUAAUGCACAUCUGGAUGACCGCUCGGACAUGCAGCGUCGUCUUGCCGCGUCGAUGCUUCUCCUCCGCGCGCGUUACGAGGCGCACAAGACCGGCGGGCCCGUGUUCGUCACUGGCGACUUCAACAGCGCCGCGACAGGGCUGGACUCGGGCGCGUACCAGAUCGUCGUUGGCGCAUUGCCACCCAUUGGCGUGAACGAGACGUUUGCGCAAAAGUACGCGGUGCCUAAGGGGGUGCUCCCGGAGUUUCUCAUGCAGGACCUCAAGGCAGAGACGCCGAGAUUGAGAAUCUCGGGCGACUUUGCGACGUUCACGGGGUUCAAUCAUCCGGGAGAUCCGUCAGUGUUCACCCGCAUUGAUUUUAUUUUUGGUGGGAGUAACGGGGGAUGGUCAGCAGAUGCCUACCGCGUGGGCUCUUCGUUGACCGAUGACGGCAUCCUCGCGAGUGACCACCGGCCAGUCUUCGCUGAUGUCUCUAUCUAGUCCUCAGUGAGAUGACGGAAUACAGCUACAUUGCGAGAUGCGAGACCAGUAAUGUUCACGCAUGUCGUUUGCAUCAGUUUUAGGAAUGAGUCACCUUUCCGUGUGUAUGAGCACACAAGAUACCCUCUGUUACUUUCUUGAUAUCGUUGUAUGGGUAACAGGUGCGGAUAUUUGCAUGAAUGAUUAGUGGGGUGUUUGAAGACAGAAAGCGCGGCAGUUGACAUGCGGAGUAAUGGUACCGAGGGCUAAUUCUUCGAGAUCGAUGCAGUAUGCGGUCUCGCCAACGGUUCACCUACAUUUAUAUCAGUAUUUCGGCAAACGCGAUGAGGCUGAGGACCCGGGGGACGAUUAUGUGCAACUUUGGCU